AGUAUUAGUUACUAAUCAAGUUACUAAAUAUGUCUCAACAAGAACUUUCCUCUGGUGCUCAAACACCAGAAAACACAUCUAUCUUAGAAAAAGAAGAGAAAAUAGAUCAACAAGAUGAACAUCACAUUCAACUUAACAGUACAGGUGGUCUUAAAGAACAUUGGUUAAUUUCCACCUUUUGUUUAUUGGUUGCCUUUGGUGGUUUCGUCUUCGGUUUUGAUACUGGUACUAUUUCCGGUUUCGUUAAUAUGUCUGACUUCUUAGAAAGAUUUGGUCAAGUCCACUCAGAUGGUACUUUUUACUUAUCCAACGUCAGAGUCGGUUUACUUGUUUCUAUCUUCAACAUUGGUUGUGCCGUUGGUGGUAUUUUCUUAUCUAAAUCCGCUGAAUUAUAUGGUAGAAGAGUUGGUAUUAUGUUUGCUAUGGUUAUUUACGUUGUUGGAAUCAUUGUUCAAAUUUCCGCUCAAGACAAAUGGUACCAAAUCUGUGUUGGUCGUGCCAUCACUGGUUUAGCUGUCGGUACCGUUUCAGUUUUAUCUCCAAUGUUCAUUUCUGAAACUGCUCCAAAGACUUUAAGAGGUACUUUAGUCUGUUGUUUCCAAUUGAAUAUUACUUUUGGUAUUUUCAUUGGUUACUGUGUCACUUAUGGUACUAAGCAGUUGUCCGACUCUAGACAAUGGAGAAUCCCAUUAGGUUUAUGUUUCUUAUGGGCUAUCUUCUUAGUUGCCGGUAUGGUCUUCAUGCCUGAAUCUCCAAGAUACUUAGUUGAAAAACAAAAGAUUGAAGAAGCUAAGAAGUCUAUUGCUAGAUCUAACAAUUUAUCUGCUGAAGAUCCAGCUGUCUACAGUGAAGUCCAAUUGAUUCAAGCUGGUAUUGACAGAGAAGCUCUUGCUGGUUCCGCCUCAUGGACUGAAUUGAUCACUGGUAAGCCAGCCAUCUUCAGAAGAGUCAUCAUGGGUAUUAUGUUACAAUCCUUACAACAAUUAACAGGUGAUAACUAUUUCUUCUACUAUGGUACUACCAUUUUCCAAGCUGUUGGUUUAAAGGAUUCUUUCCAAACUUCUAUCAUUUUAGGUAUUGUUAACUUUGCUUCCACUUUCGUCGGUAUCUACAUCAUUGAAAGAUUAGGUAGAAGAGUUACUUUAUUAAGUGGUUCUGCUGCCAUGUUUGUCUGUUUUAUUAUCUACUCCGUUAUUGGUUCUGUCCACUUAUUCAGAGAUGGUGAAUUUGACAACAAUAAUACCUACAAAUCCUCAGGUGAUGCUAUGAUUUUUGUUACCUGUUUAUACAUUUUCUUCUUCGCUUCUACCUGGGCUGGUGGUGUUUACACCAUUAUUUCCGAAUCUUACCCAUUAAGAAUCAGAGCUAAAUCUAUGGCCAUUGCUACUGCUGCUAAUUGGUUAUGGGGUUUCUUAAUUUCUUUCUUCACUCCAUUCAUCACCAGUGCUAUCCACUUCUACUAUGGUUUUGUUUUCACUGGUUGUUUAUUAUUCUCAUUCUUCUAUGUUUACUUCUUUGUUUCCGAAACUAAAGGGUUAUCUUUAGAAGAAGUUGAUGAAUUAUACGCUCAAAAGAUUUUACCAUGGAAAUCUUCUUCAUGGGUUCCACCAUCUUAUGAACAAAUGGCCACUUCUACUGGUUUUGCUGCCGAAUCUAAGGCCCAAGACGAACAAGUUUAAUUGGCAUUAAAUGUUCUCUUUUACGAUUGUUACGUUUGAUUUUUAAUAGCAUUUAUAGAGAAAAAUGUAUUCAUAAUUAAUAUGUUUUAUAAUGUAAUACAAAAAUUAUUUUUAUUUGGA